UGCAGCCAAACCGUGUGCAGCUGCAACCUCGGCCUCAGCCUCUAAGCGCGGGGACAUCUACAGCUACAGUGGAUGUAGUGUCGGGGCGAGCUAAAGUGAUGGAGACUUUGGAAAACAACUUGCUCAAACUGUCUAAUACGGAAUACAGCGAUCCAUUUUUAGAUACAGGAAAGGACAAAUACACAUACACAGAUGAUUCAGAACAUGGGAAUUAUGAUACUCGGACAGAUCAAUCACUGCUUAUUCAAAACAAGCUUAUCAGACAGAAAACGGAACCUCGAACUAAAUCAUCUUUAAAGACUGAAAUGAAUGCCAUGGCAUCAUCAGGCCUCUUCUUCAAAGAUGGCAAGAAACGCAUUGAUUACAUCUUGGUCUACAAAAAGUCAAGUCUACAGGUAGAGAAAAGAAGCACAUUUGAGAAGAAUUUGAGAGCAGAAGGCUUAAUGUUAGAACGAGAGCCAGCUGUUACAAGCAGUGAUAUAAUGUUUGUUAAAAUUCACUGUCCAUGGGAGACAUUGUGCAAGUAUGCAGAAAGAAUGAACAUCAGGAUGCCUUUCAGGAAAAAAUGUUAUUACACUGACUGGAGGAGCAAAACCAUGGGCAGUUUGCAGAGGAAUAUGAGAGAACUGAAAAGUUGGUUGCCCAGAAAUCCAAUGAAGCUGGAUAAGGAGGCCCUGCCUGAUCUUGAGGAAACAGAUUGCUACACAGCACCCUUUAGCCGUGCACGCAUUCACCAUUUUACAAUAAACAAUAAAGACAGCUUCUUCAGCAACUCCACAAGAAGCAGAAUAGUGCAUCACAUGCUACAGAGAACAAAGUAUGAAGAUGGAAAAUCCAAAAUGGGUAUUAAUAGGUUACUAAAUAAUGGAACAUAUGAAGCUGCAUUUCCACCACAUGAGGGAAGCCAUAAAAGCAGACAUCCCAUCAAAACACAUGGAGCUCAGAAUCACAGACACCUAUUAUAUGAACGUUGGGCACGGUGGGGAAUGUGGUACAAAUACCAGCCUCUGGAUUUAAUCAGGCGAUAUUUUGGUGAAAAAAUUGGACUGUAUUUUGCCUGGUUGGGAUGGUAUACUGGAAUGCUUAUUCCUGCUGCCCUUGUUGGGCUCUUUGUUUUCCUUUAUGGAUUAUUUACGAUGGAUUCCAGCCAAGUAAGCAAAGAGAUCUGCGAGGCAAAUGAAACCAUCAUGUGUCCUAUGUGUGAACGCAAUUGCACACUACAAAAACUCAAUGAAAGCUGCAUAUAUGCCAAGGUUACACAUUUGUUUGAUAAUGGAGGGACUGUCUUCUUUGCUAUAUUCAUGGCAAUUUGGGCUACAGUAUUUCUAGAGUUUUGGAAAAGACGGAGAGCUGUAUUAACCUAUGACUGGGACCUCAUAGACUGGGAAGAUGAAGAGGAAGAACUGCGCCCACAGUUUGAAGCUAAAUAUUCCCAAGUGGAGAGAGUAAAUCCAAUCACAGGAAAACCUGAACCUUUCCAGCCUUUCCCUGAUAAGCUCAGUCGACUGAUGGUGUCUGUCUCAGGAAUAUUCUUCAUGAUUUCAUUGGUACUCACUGCAGUAUUUGCAGUUGUGGUGUAUCGUCUGGUAGCUAUGGAACAAUUUGCAUCUUUCAAGUGGUAUUUCAUCAAAAAGUAUUGGCAGUUUGCAACAUCUGGCACUGGAGUCUGUAUCAAUUUUAUGAUCAUCAUGUCACUCAAUGUGGUAUAUGAAAAGGUUGCUUACCUCCUGACAGAUUUAGAGCACCCUCGAACAGAAUCUGAAUGGGAAAACAGCUUUGCCUUGAAAAUGUUCCUCUUCCAGUUUGUCAACUUGAACAGCUCUAUCUUUUAUAUUGCUUUUUUCCUUGGCAGAUUUGCAGGACGCCCAGGAAAGUACAACAAGCUAUUUAACAGAUGGAGACUGGAAGAGUGUCAUCCUAGUGGCUGCUUGAUAGAUCUGUGUUUGCAAAUGGGAGUUAUUAUGGUUUUAAAACAAAUGUGGAACAAUUUCAUGGAACUAGGCUAUCCGUUACUACAGAAUUGGUGGUCACGACGCAAAAUGAAGAGAGGAGGGCAAUUAAUGGAACAUAAAAUUUCUCUACCUCAGUGGGAAAAAGAUUGGAAUCUUCAGCCUAUGAAUCUCCAUGGCUUAAUGGAUGAAUACUUAGAGAUGGUUUUACAGUUUGGCUUUACCACCAUCUUUGUUGCUGCUUUCCCACUGGCACCUCUCCUGGCAUUGCUUAACAAUAUCAUAGAAAUAAGGUUAGAUGCCUACAAAUUUGUCACUCAGUGGCGGAGACCUAUGCCUGCAAGAGCAACAGAUAUAGGUAUCUGGUAUGGGAUUCUGGAAGGAAUUGGAGUUCUGGCUGUCAUCACCAAUGCCUUUGUUAUUGCCAUUACUUCAGAUUACAUUCCACGGUUUGUCUAUGCAUACAAAUAUGGCCCCUGCACAGAUCAAGGAUAUAGACAAGAAAAAUGCUUAAAAGGAUAUGUCAACAGCAGUUUAUCAGUAUUUGAUCUGAGUGAGCUUGGGAUGGGAUACUCAGGAUAUUGCCGAUACAGAGAUUACAGAGCCCCACCGUGGAGUUCAACUCCAUAUGAAUUCACUUUGCAGUUCUGGCAUGUCCUGGCAGCACGGCUGGCUUUCAUUAUCGUAUUUGAGCACCUUGUUUUUGGAAUAAAGUCUUUCAUUGCCUACCUGAUUCCCGACAUGCCCAAAGACUUGUGUGACAGAAUGAGGAGAGAGAAAUACUUAGUCCAGGAAAUGAUGUAUGAGGCUGAAUUGGAGCAUUUGCAGAGAGAGCGGAAGAAGAACGGGAAACAGUAUCACCAUGAAUGGCCUUAGUUGAUACCGUGCUGCAACAAAAACAUUGUUUGGAAAUUGAAGAGUGCAGUUACAAAAUGAGGUCAGCAUCUGGCACAAGUGCAUGGGAUUCACAGUGUAUAUAUGUUCUUGAUGGGCAGUACAGCCGCAGGCUUAGGUUGGGAACUGGAAAAUAGAUGCUUCUGAUGAAGAACAUGAAUAGCCUUAUCUGUCCGUCACUGGUGAUAGGCACCAAGAACAGGAUUUGCACUGAAGAAUGUGCAGACAGAUUAAAAAUUUGGACACUGAUUUAGAAAAGGCAAUGAAUGUUCAUGCUGUUCAUGAAGAUACUAACAGCAAAAUGAAAAUAAAAUAUUACCUGUAAACUUAAACAGUAAGGGCAUGACUAAAAACAACUCACGCAGUAUCCACUAUUUCUACAGCUUCUGAUUGCUCA